AUGGCAAGCGGAGCUCCAGGUGGUAACUUUCGUACAUGGACACCAACUCCUCCAGAAAGAGGUUCUUUCCCAUUAGAUCAUGACGGUGAAUGUAAGGAUCAGAUGCUCAAAUAUUUAAAAUGCAUGAAAUUCACCGAAAAUAAGAAUGCUCCGAAUUGUCGUAUACUUGCCAAGGAGUAUUUAAAAUGUAGGAUGGAUAAUCAACUUAUGGAAAAGAGUGAAUGGGAUACUUUGGGUUUAGUCAAUCUACCAGGCGAUCGAGAUACAAAGAGUGAAUCAAAGAGCGAACAUACUCAAGGCAAAAAAAUGGGAAAAGAAAGAGGAGAAUGA